GUCUAAUUUGCAAUUGAUCGAAGUAUUCAUAACCUGCCUUUGCCCUUUCACCGCCCAUAAUACUUCCGGUUCAAUUACACCGGAGAACCACCGCGAUGGCGCCGGUGAGAACUGCAGGCGCCAUCGCGACACUGCUCUCCGUAGCCAUAGUCUCUUAUUUCCUCUGCAAAACUACUCAGCAAAAGUCUUCCGGAAAAAAGAAACUUCAAAGACGUAGAACUGGACUCGUCGCCGCCAUUGGCAGCACUCCGUUAAUCAGGAUCAAUAGCCUCUCCGAUGCAACUGGCUGUGAAAUUUUGGGGAAAGCUGAAUUCUUGAAUCCUGGAGGGAGUGUGAAAGAUAGGGUAGCUGUGAAGAUUAUUGAAGAGGCCCUGGAAUCUGGAGCUUUAGCUGAAGGUGGAGUAGUUACAGAGGGCAGUGCAGGAAGUACAGCCAUUAGUCUAGCAACAGUAGCACCUGCUUAUGGGUGCAGAUGCCAUGUGGUUAUUCCAGAUGACGCUGCUCUUGAAAAGGCACAAAUACUAGAAGCACUAGGAGCUACUGUAGAAAGGGUCAGGCCAGUUUCUAUCACACACCGAGACCAUUUUGUUAAUAUUGCAAGAAGAAGGGCGCUGGAAGCAAGUGAAAUAACAUCAACCACCAGAAAAGAAAGCCAAAUUGAUGCCAAUGAUUCUAGUCAAAUCAAUGGUCACUCAAUCAGUGAGGAAAAGCAGAAUAUGCAGUUCUCAUCUGAAUGCAAGGGUGGAUUCUUCGCAGAUCAGUUUGAAAAUCUUGCAAAUUUCAGGUCACAUUAUGAGGGCACGGGGCCAGAGAUUUGGGAACAGACAGGUGGCAAGUUGGAUGCUUUUAUUGCUGCUGCAGGUACAGGUGGCACUGUUGCCGGUGUUUCCCAGUAUUUGAAGGACAAAAACUCAAAUAUCAAGUGCUUCCUUAUUGAUCCUCCUGGCUCUGGUUUAUAUAACAAAGUAACAAGAGGAGUUAUGUACACAAGGGAAGAAGCAGAAGGAAGAAGGCUGAAGAACCCAUUUGAUACAAUAACCGAAGGGAUUGGAAUAAAUAGACUAACUGAAAAUUUUAAGAUGGCAAAACUUGAUGGAGCUUUCCGAGGCACAGAUAUGGAAGCUGUUGAAAUGUCCAGGUAUCUGUUGAAAAAUGAUGGUCUAUUUAUUGGAAGUUCUUCAGCGAUGAAUUGCGUUGGAGCUGUCAGAGUGGCAAAGGCACUAGGUCCAGGGCAUACAAUUGUGACAAUCUUGUGUGACAGUGGUAUGAGACAUUUGAGUAAGUUUCACAAUGAUAAAUACCUAUCUGAACAUGGGUUGACACCUUCAGCAACUGGUCUGGAGUUCCUUCGUCCUAGUUGAUCUAUGGCUAGUUCAUGAUUGUUUUUUCAGGGCAUUUAAAUUCAUGACAGUACCAUCUCAGAGCUAAUGUUGUAUAUACUAUGGUAGGAAAAGGAAAUUUUGAUAAUUUUUUAUAAGUUUUACUUCGUUUGUGUAUGACAGCUUGAUAGAGAAUAUUAGAGGCAGGCUCUAAUUGUUUUGAUCUAAUUUUGUAAUGUUUAACUUUCUUAUUUGAUAAAAACCUAUCUCAAUCAAGAGCUUUUGAUA